AUGAGAUCACGGGUGGGAACGACACGGAAAGAGAGAAUGUGACUAAACCGCAAAAGUUUUAGUUUCAACAUGAUUGGCAGUUAUUAUAACGGUCUAAAUCAGUGUAAACGUCAACAAGCUGCAUGAACAGAUUCCUACGACGUAGAAAGGUAGUGUACAAGCGGGUUUCACAGACUCAGUUGAACCCAGCUUCAGUUUAUUAACAGAUAGGAUAUAAUGUAAUCAACACUGAUUAAGCAGCAUUGCAUCCCUCCUGUUUGUACUCUAACUUCCACUCGAACAACAAUAGAUGAGUCAAUGAAUACCUAAUCAUAGAAAUAGCCAGGGUAACCUGGGUACAGAGUCAGCCAUCUACACACUCACUGACCAAUUAAACACACUCCCAGAAUGUAUGUCAGAUGUAUCUCUCUGUGUGUGUGUGUUAGGAAACAACUUAGAAGUUCCAGUUUGUUUAUUAGUCAUAGAGACAUGAUAUACUGUAAUGGGGUACACAGUGGAAUGAAAUGCUUCCCCCACGACAGUGAAAUGAAAUGCUUCCCCCUCGACAAUGGAACGAAAUGCUUCCCCCGCGACAAUGGAACGAAAUGCUUCCCUUCGACAGUGGAACGAAAUGCUUCCCUUCGACAAUGGAACAAAAUGCUUCCCCUUCGACAGUGGAACGAAAUGCUUCCCUUCAACAGUGGAACGAAAUGCUUCCCUUCGACAAUGGAACAAAAUGCUUCCCUUUGACAAUGGAACGAAAUGCUUCCCUUCGAAAAUGGAACGAAAUGCUUCCCUUCGAAAAUGGAACGAAAUGCUUCCCUUCGACAAUGGAACGGAACGCUUCCCCUCGGCAACGUAACGAAACGCUUCCCCUCGGCAACGGAACGAAACGCUUCCCCUCGGCAACGGAACGAAACGCUUCCCCUCGGCAACGGAACGAAACGUUUCCCCUCGGGAACGUAACGAAACGCUUCCCCUCGGCAACGUAACGAAACGCUUCCCCUCGGCAACGUAACGCUUCCCCUCGGCAACGGAACGAAACGCUUCCCCUCGGCAACGGAACGAAACGCUUCCCCUCGGCAACGGAACGAAACGCUUCCCCUCGGCAACGGAACGAAACGCUUCCCCUCGGCAACGGAACGAAACGCUUCCCCUCGGGAACGGAACGAAACGCUUCCCCUCGGCAACGGAACGAAACGCUUCCCCUCGGCAACGGAACGAAACGCUUCCCCUCGGCAACAGAACGAAACGCUUCCCCUCGGCAACGUAACGAAACGCUUCCCCUCGGGAACGGAACGAAACGCUUCCCCUCGGCAACGGAACGAAACGCUUCCCCUCGGCAACGGAACGAAACGCUUCCCCUCGGCAACGGAACGAAACGCUUCCCCUCGGCAAUGGAACGGAACGGUUCCCCUCGGCAAUGGAACGGAACGCUUCCCCUGGGCAACGGAACGAAACGCUUCCCCUCGGCAACGGAACGAAACGCUUCCCCUCGGCAACGGAACGAAACGCUUCCCCUCGGCAACGGAACGAAACGCUUCCCCUCGGCAACGUAACGAAACGCUUCCCCUCAGCAACGGAACGAAACGCUUCCCCUCGGCAAUGGAACGACAAUAGAAAGGCACAGUGUGUAUGGAUCCUGAGGUGAUGUCAUACAGUCAGACCAUCUACAUGACUGGCCUUCUGCUGGGAUCUCUGUUUGGAGGAGCUCUCUCUGACAGGUACGGUAAGCGAGCAGUGUUGCUGGUGGGUGUGUGUGUUAAGGCUGUGACUGCUGUGCUGCCAGCAGUCCUUCCUCACGCAAUCCUCUUCCUCACCCUGCGCUGUCUGGCCGGUGUCUCCUGCUGCUGCAUCAAUAUCUGCAGCUUCAGCCUGGGUGUGGAAUGGAGUCUUCCCAAGUAUCGUAUUUGGCCCCCGGCCCUCCUGUCCUUCUCCUUCAGCCUGGGUAUGAUGGCCCUGGCACCGCUGGCAUACCUUACACACACCUGGACACAGCUACACCUGGCACUGGCCGUACCACAGAUCCUCUGUCUGCCUCUCUACUAUUCUAUUCCUGAGUCUCCUCGCUGGCUGCUCCUGAAGAGGAGGACAGAGACUCUGGAGGAGUAUAGGAGACACAGUCCUGAGGACAAACACUUUCUAGACCUGUUGUUGGACACAGAGGGGAAGGACCUGCAGGAAGUCCACCUGGAGACAGACACACCUGACAAUGAGACACACACACUGGAGACUGAUCAUACACUGGAGACUGAUCAUACACUGGAGACUGAUCAUACGCUGGAGACUGAUCAUACACUGGAGACUGAUCAUACACUGGAGACUGAUAAUACACUGGAGACAGACACAGCUGACAAUGAGACACACACACCAAAGGCAGACACACAAACAUGGGAGGAACACACAUUUUCCCACUGCGGACACAUGAGAAGUCCCACCAUCCUACUGCGCCUGGUCAUCUUGAGUUACAUUGGGUUAGCAUCAGCCCUGACGUACUACGGUAUCUGUAUGAAUGUCGGGCGGUUCGGGGUGGAUGUCUUCCUCGCUCAGUUCUUCAGCGGCCUAUCAGAGGCUCCCUGCCUGCUCGUCCCAUUGCUAUUGGCUCGCUGGGGCAGACGCCCAAUCUGCAUGCUAUCCCUGUUCCUCAGUGGCUCCUUCUGCCUGCUGUCCCUGCUCGCAUCACGCUUCUAUGCUGUCCCAGGGUUGGUGAUGGCUCUGGCCCUGGUGGGGAAGCUGUGUAUGCAGACCAGUGUGUUUGUCUCUGUACUCUACGGCAUCGAACUCUUCCCUACGCUCAUCAGACAGAAGUGUGUGGGCUUGGUGUGUCUGUGUUACAGGGUGGGCUGUAUCCUGAAUGCGGUGGUCAGUCCUAGAGGAGAAACCAUCCCAUUGGCCGCUAUGAUUCUUUAUGGGAGUGGCCCCAUUGUUGGGGCGGGACUGUGUCUGUUUCUACCGGAGACCAGUGGUGUGCCACUCCCUGAUUCGCUGGAGGACUGUGACAAACAGCCCAGUCUUCAUCUACCAACCUUCCCUUCCCUUUGGUCUUCAGAGGGUGCUCAGCGGAUGCCCCAGCUGACAAAGCCAGUCCAUUCCUGGGAGACAGACCCAGAGAAGCCCUCCCACAACCCACAGGAUCUCAACUGACUCAAACAGCACAUACUCACACACACACACACCACAAACACACACACAUGCUGUAGAUGCAUGCAUUUGAAGUUCCAUGGUGCUCAGUUGGUACAGAACACAAGAAACUGGGAGGUACUACCUGAACUUUGAACAAUAAACAUUGCAAUACAUUUUGCGACGUUGUGACCUACUGAACACGAUCCUGGAUUUAGUGUUUUAUAGGUUAGAUCCUGUAUCUCCCACAGCCUGUAGAGGCUUGCUGACAGCGUGUUUAAACACAGACCUGUCUGUGUGAGAUGUGAGGAAACAUUGCUAAUGUAGCAUUGUGUAAACAGCUCUGCAGGAAGGUUCUGUGUGUGCAUUUUCUGUACGUCUGUGUUAUCCUUGCACAAUCAUGAACCUCCCUUGCACCUUGCUGACAUUUCUACACUGUUUUUCAUGUCAUGUUGACUUGAGAUGGGGGGGCUGUCUUAUCAUAAAGGGUGUGGUCUUGUUGCUGUAUGUUUGGUAUUGAAAUCUGAUGUCUGUAGUUAUGUCUAGGAAUGUUGUCCUGUCCGGUGGCAGGGUCACGCUGUUGAAAUAACCAAAUGUUUCCCAUUAUGUGCUGUUGUGUGUUCUUAUAGGCCUAUGACAGGCUGAGGAAUGUUCUCCUGUACAGGCUGUACAUUUCCUGUUCUUUGCUAUUAAAUAAAAAACUAGAAUUUUUCAAUUUCA